AAAAAAGAAAUUGAAGAUCUUCCUUGAGUUGAAAGACUUGUAGUGGGUUGCUAAUAGCCAUAUAUAUAAUAUAAUAUACAGUCAAAUGUCACUACCAUCCUCAAAUUAAUGCUACUUGUAAUAAUAGAUACAUACAAAAAUGAAAAAACAAAGAAAUGAUACUCUCUUUUUUUUUUUCUUCUUCUAAUGGCAUUUUCUUCUUUCCACUAUCCCUCAAUGCUGUUGAUAGGACAAAGUUAGUUCCUAAAACCCUCUUCUCUCACAAGGAAAAUUUUUGAGGGGUACCCCCUAACCACCACCCCCACCCCCAAAUUUUCUGCUGCUGUGUUGCUUCAAAGAUGGACAUUGUUUCUUGAAAUCCGUAUUUAUUCAUGGACAAGUAACCAUUUCUAGUUGAAGCUCAACUUGAUAAGUUUUCUGAGGUUUGAUGUAAAGAUUCCAUUUUUAUGAUAGCAGUAGAUAGUUUCUGUUGUGUGAUUUAGUUAUGGCAAGAAGAGCACCGAGAAUUCUUGAGCUGAGGGAGAAGAAUGAAGUGAAUUGCACUUGGGGUUUGUUCAGUGCUUUCGAAUCCUGCCAUGGCCGUUCGACUCGUAAGCUGAUCUCUAACGGAAGGCCCGCGAACAAGCACAUUAUCGAUUGUCCGAGAAAGCUUCACCAAAUUGCCAGCUUUGAUCAAGAAUGCCGAAGAAUUCAAAAUGAAACUGAACAAAAUAUAGUGAAGGGACAACAAAAACAAGAAGAAGAAGAACAUGCGAAAAUGGACUCGGAACUUCUUGACCGUCUCUUGAAAGCUCAAAAGAGAGCAAGGAGGAAGAAAAGGGCUAUCUUGAACGGCGACUCGCCUUCGACUUCAACCGAAAUUUCUUUAAACAAACUCACACUCGCAGCAAUUUUGGAACAGAAUCUACAACGGAAGAACAAUUAUCAGUAUAAAUAUUCCCACCCGAAAGCAAGUCCGAUAAACCCGCCUUCCGAUAAAAUAAUAAUAUUAAAGCCGGCCUCGCAAAACUCGAAGCGUUCCGUGAAUGUAUCUUGCCAUUGCUCUUCGCUGCAAUCCUCCCACAAAAAUUUAGAUCGAACAACAUCGGAUGGGAAAUCUACUUCCUUUUCUUUCAGACAAGUGAAGCAAAAACUGAAACAUACUUUUGGAGUUAAUAAUAAACUAUCGCAUGACAAAGACGCAAGCCAGUGUAAGAAGCAAGACCCGAAAAAAUCGAAUAGGGGUUCGGAUAUUAGUGGUGUGACUGAAACGGUGAGGAAGAAAUUAGACUACUCGAGCGUUGGAUAUUCGAAUAAGGAGGAACUUGAAUUUGAAUUUGAUGUGAUUUUGGAGGCGAAGAGACACCUUUCUGCACGAUUGAAAAAUGUGAACGGAUUUGAGAGUGCGACGAGAAAGAAGUCAACCAAAACUCUCGGCCGGAUUCUCUCCUCACCCGAGCAUAGUCUAAUUAGUAGUCCCUUAAGACCAAACACAGAGGUUUCAUCAUGUGAUUAUUACAACACAUAUGAAAAUACGUUGCAAGUAAUAAAUACAGAGACGAUUUCUCUGAUCCGAAGCACUGAUGUUGAAUCGCACAAGAUUGAUACUUCUGUGAUAGAUGGCGAACGAAAAAUUGUGUUGCAGCCCGAGUUAGAUAUUUCAGAAGUGGCGAGUGAACUAAACGGCACCGAUGUUGUAACCAUAGAUACAGUUGAAUUGCAAAAGGACGAUGAAACGAUAAUGCAAUCCAUAUCGGAUUCACACUCGGAAAACGAGGCAUCUACAUCUACAGCCGACAGUACUAAGCUUCUAGAAGAACAUCGAAGCCCAGUUUCUGUCCUCGAGCCGUUUUUCACGGAAGAUUCCAACAGCCCACCAAACAUCACACUUCAAACUGCUCGAAAAAAAUUGCAGCCACUUCGUCUCGACUUUGAAGAAUGUUCAUUCGAAUCAUCCUUUGAAAAAUCGUACAUAGAAGAAGACCAAGAAUAUAUAUCGGAAUACGUGCACUCGGUUUUGGAAGCUUCUUGUUUAAACUGGGAGCAUCUAUCGGAAAUCGAAUCUCCGCCCGAAGAGCUUCUAGAACCUUCCCUAUUCGAAGAAGUGGAGUUUCUUCACAGUGACUGUUACUUCGACCCCAAGAUUCUCUUUGAUCACAUGAAUGAAGUUCUAUUACAUAUUUAUCGAUGCCAUUUUUGCCCUUCACCAUGGCUAGCUUUUGUAAAACCGAGAACGAGAAGUGAGCCACUUGCAGAAACUGUGCUUGAUGAGGUUAUGGCAGAGGCCGAGUUUUACUUGCUUCCUCGGACAGAGAAAAGAACCUUGGACCAGCUUGUCUCGAAGGAUGUGGCGGAUUGUAGAUCUUGGCUCGAUGUUCGGUUCGAUAAGGAACAAAUUGUGAGUGAGAUUUCGGAAGAUUUGCUCGAGGAAUCCAUACUGGAUAUUCUUGUUGAGUUUCAUGUAUGAUGGUUAAUGAAGCACUUGUUCAUAAUAUUAAUUAAUAAACGUUUCAACUUUUUUCCUUCUU